AUGUCCCUGCUCCAAGGCAAGACCGCGCUGCUGACGGGCGCGAGCCGCGGCAUCGGCGCUGCCAUCGCCUGCGCGCUGGCCAAGGAGGGCGCCAGCCUGACGCUGGUGGCCCACCCCCACCACGAGCAGGACCUGAAGCAGUGCGCCGACAAGGCCAAGAGCUGCGGCGCCAAGGAGUGCGAGACGCAGUGCGUGGACUUUGCUGACACAGCGGCCGUGCAGAAGCUGGCGGAGCAGUGCGCCAGCAAGGGGUUCGAUGUUCUGAUCAACAAUGCCGGCAUCUUUGGGUCGCACCAGGCCGAGGAGCUGGGCCCGCUCAAGGGCAACCCGGAUGACUGGGACCGCGUGAUGAAGGUCAACGCGCUGGCGCCCAUGAGGCUCAUCAGGGCUCUGGCCCCCAAGAUGGCUGAGAAGGGGUCGGGCUGGAUCAUCAACGUGGGCGAUGUGGAGGCCAUCCACGAGGGGCCCCACCACGCCGCCUAUGCCGCUUCCAAGUAUGCCCUGCGCGGCUUUGGACUGUCUGCCUACGAGUCGCUGAGGCAGCACAACGUCAAGGUGGUGGACAUCGCCCCCGGCAACGUCAAGGACACCGGCAUGGCGAAGAAGAGCGACAUGCACGGCGGGCAGGGCGCCAUCGCCCCCGAGGACGUCGCCGAGGCGGUGCUCUUCUGCUUCCGCUGCUCCGCCAACUGCGUGCCCGAGGAGAUUGUGCUCAAGGCGCUGAAGCCGGGGAAGGCCUCCUGA